AGUCAUUUCAGCUCUGGUGACCAGUGCCACUGCACUUGGCAGAGCUUCAUCUUUCACACCAGAUUACGCCAAGGCCAAGAUAGCUGCUGCCCAACUUUUCAAACUGUUGGACAGGGUUCCCAAAAUUAGCAUCAGCAAAACAGAAGGACAAAGUUGGGAUGACUUUAAGGGCCGAAUAGAAUUCAAAGGGUGCAGAUUCACGUAUCCCAGCAGGCCAGACAUCCAGGUUUUGAGGGGUCUGGAGGUGUCAGUACAUCCAGGACAGACUCUUGCUUUUGUGGGAAGCAGCGGCUGCGGGAAGAGCACCAGCGUUCAACUGCUGGAGCGAUUCUACGAACCCGAUGAAGGACAAGUGCUGAUCGAUGGACGUCCAUCUGCGAGCAUCAGCGUGCCCUUCCUGAGGUCUCAGAUUGGCAUCGUAUCCCAGGAGCCGGUGCUGUUCGACUGCAGUAUCGCAGAGAAUAUCCAGUAUGGCAAUAAUUCUCGUACCGUGAGCAUGGAGGAGAUUAUAGAGGCUGCUAAGAAGGCCUAUCUGCACGAUUUUGUGAUGACACUACCUGAUACCAAAAAAGUUGUUCAGGCUGCGCUUGAUGAGGCCCGUCAGGGACGCACGUGUAUUGUCAUUGCUCACAGGCUUUCCACCAUUCAGACUGCUGACAUCAUCGCUGUGAUGUCACAGGGCGUGGUCAUCGAGAAAGGGACCCACGAGGAGCUCAUGGCCAGGAAAGCAGCAUACUACAAACUUGUUGUUCAGGCUGCGCUUGAUGAGGCCCGUCAGGGACGCACGUGUAUUGUCAUUGCUCACAGGCUUUCCACCAUUCAGACUGCUGACAUCAUCGCUGUGAUGUCACAGGGCGUGGUCAUCGAGAAAGGGACCCACGAGGAGCUCAUGGCCAGGAAAGCAGCAUACUACAAACUUGUCACCACAGGGGCCCCUAUUAGUUAA